CGCGCAGAGCCAGCCUGUGCUCCGCCCUCCCUCCCGGCUCCGUGCCACCGGCGGCCGGGCGCUCCCUGGGUGGGGCGGCAGCCCGAGCAGAUGCGACGGGCCACGCGGGGCCGCUGCUGCAGCCGGCUGGGCGGUGCGCCCGGGCAGCCUCAGCCGCGCGCCGCGUCGCUGUAAUCGGACACCCAGCGCUCGCCCCCGGCGCCCGGCCACUUGCCAUUCACUCCGAGGUGCGGAGUUGAGCGACGUGGAGGAGAAGGGCUCCGGGUGCCGCGGCUCUCCCGCCCGGGAUUCUUCUACAAAGAAACUCAGCAUCAGGCAGCAAGAAACCAGCCCUCGGGACUCUUAAGUCACUGAAGGUCUUCUCGGGGAAGGACCUGGGGGACUGGGACGCAGGCUGGAACAAGUGGCUGACUUCUCGUGGAUCUCUUCCCACCUCGGUAUUUUCCCUUGGACAUUAAUUUUCAAAUCAGAAGAAAUGGCAUUCCGGGCGAUUUGGAUGUUGGUUGGAGUAUUUAUUUGUUCUGCUUCUGUCAAAGGAUCUUCCCAGCCCCAAGCAAGAGUUUAUUUAACAUUUGAUGAGCUCCGAGAAACCAAGACCUCUGAAUAUUUCAGCCUGUCCCACCACCAGUUAGACUACAGGAUAUUACUGAUGGAUGAAGAUCAAGACCGGAUAUAUGUAGGGAGCAAAGACCACAUCCUGUCCUUGAAUAUCAACAACAUCAGUCAAGAACCUUUGAGUGUUUUCUGGCCAGCAUCAACAAUCAAAGUUGAAGAAUGCAAAAUGGCUGGCAAAGAUCCUACACAUGGCUGUGGGAAUUUCGUCCGUGUCAUCCAGACCUUCAACCGUACUCACCUUUAUGUGUGCGGGAGUGGCGCUUUCAGCCCGGUGUGCACUUACCUAAACAGGGGAAGGAGAUCCGAGGACCAAGUUUUCAUGAUCGACUCUAAGUGUGAAUCUGGAAAAGGGCGAUGCUCCUUCAACCCCAAUGUGAACACUGUUUCUGUUAUGAUCAAUGAGGAACUAUUCUCGGGAAUGUACAUAGAUUUCAUGGGAACAGACGCUGCUAUUUUUCGGAGUUUAACUAAAAGGAAUGCAGUCCGAACUGAUCAGCACAAUUCAAAAUGGCUGAGUGAACCUAUGUUUGUGGAUGCACACGUUAUCCCGGAUGGUACUGAUCCAAAUGAUGCUAAGGUGUAUUUCUUCUUCAAAGAAAAGCUGACAGACAACAAUAGGAGCACCAAACAGAUUCAUUCCAUGAUUGCCAGAAUAUGUCCUAAUGACACUGGCGGACAACGUAGUCUUGUCAACAAGUGGACCACAUUCUUAAAGGCAAGACUUGUGUGCUCCGUCACAGACGAAGAUGGCCCCGAGACACAUUUUGAUGAAUUAGAGGAUUUUGAGGAAUUGCAGAAUCAAGCAACAAGAAAAUAUCUGUGGCAUCCCUACCGCGGAGAGCAUGGUAGGGCUUUGCCUACUCUACAGACUCACGAGGAUGUAUUUCUGCUAGAAACUGACAAUCCGAGGACUACCCUUGUGUAUGGCAUCUUCACCACGUCCAGCUCUGUUUUUAAAGGAUCUGCAGUGUGUGUGUACCAUCUAUCUGAUAUUCAGACUGUGUUCAAUGGGCCUUUUGCUCACAAAGAAGGCCCCAAUCACCAGCUGAUAUCCUACCAAGGCAGAAUUCCAUAUCCUCGCCCUGGCACUUGCCCAGGCGGGGCAUUUACACCCAACAUGAGAACCACCAAGGACUUCCCAGAUGAUGUCGUCACCUUUAUUCGCAACCACCCUCUUAUGUACAAUUCCAUCUACCCCAUCCACAGAAGGCCUCUGAUUGUCCGCACAGGCACUGACUACAAGUACACGAAGAUAGCCGUGGACCGCGUGAAUGCUGCUGACGGACGAUACCAUGUCCUCUUCCUGGGGACAGAUCGGGGCACUGUGCAGAAGGUGGUAGUCCUUCCAAGCAACAGCUCUGCCAGCGGGGAGCUCAUUCUGGAGGAGCUGCAAGUCUUUAAGAAUCAUGUUCCCAUAACAACAAUGAAAAUUUCAUCUAAGAAGCAACAGUUGUAUGUGAGCUCCAAUGAGGGGAUUUCCCAGCUGUCUCUGCACCGCUGCCACAUCUACGGCACAGCCUGUGCGGACUGCUGCCUGGCUAGGGACCCCUACUGUGCCUGGGAUGGCCACUCCUGCUCGAGGUUCUACCCGACUGGGAAGCGGAGGAGCCGAAGACAAGACGUGAGACACGGGAAUCCACUGACGCAAUGCCGAGGGUUCAAUCUGAAAGCAUACAGAAACGCCGCCGAAAUUGUUCAGUACGGAGUACGAAAUAACAGCACUUUCCUUGAGUGCGCCCCGAAGUCUCCCCAGGCAUCUGUCAAGUGGCUGCUGCAGAAAGAGAAAGACAGGAGGAAGGAGGUUAAACUCAAUGAGCGCAUCAUAGCCACUUCCCAAGGCCUGCUCAUUCGCUCUGUUCAGGACUCAGACCAAGGGCUGUAUCACUGCAUUGCCACAGAGAACGGUUUCAAGCAGACCAUAGCCAAGAUUAACUUCAAAGUUUUAGAUUCAGAAAUGGUAGCCGUGGUGACAGACAAGUGGUCCCCAUGGACAUGGGCAGGCUCGGUGAGGGCUCUACCCUUUCAUCCAAAGGACAUCCUGGGGGCAUUCAGCCACUCGGAAAUGCAACUCAUCAACCAGUACUGUAAAGACACCCGGCAGCAACAUCAGCAUCUGGGAGAGGAACCCCAGAAGAUGAGGGGGGACUAUGGCAAGCUGAAGGCUCUCAUCAACAGCAGGAAGAGCAGGAACAGAAGGAAUCAGCUUCCGGAGUCAUAAACAUUCAUCGGUGGAGCUGUGCUUUCCGUAACAAAUGCUCUGUUUUCACUGGUCAACUACUGAGCAAAGUCUCGAGCUUUCCCCAUGAGAAAUUACCGACAAAAGCGGGAGACUCGCUCUCAAGUGCGUUCUCUGUGAACUGAAAUGAGCAUGCAUCUUCUUGUCUGAUACAGACUAGCACUAGACAUGUCAUGGUCUUCAUGGUGCACAGAAAUAUUUAACUUAUCCCAGAUUUUAUUUAUAUCUUUAUGUGUCUUUUCUUCAACAUCAGUGCAGCGACAGAAGCAGAACUGUUACACCCUCGGUUGAGCGGGGGCCAUAAAUUACUCUGUGCUGUUGCUUCCCCGCCCUGGGGGUUCAGCUUUGUUAAUUGUGGGUGGUUUUUAUACAUGAAAACGAAUUCCAGUUCACAAUUUUCACAUAGUAAAUGUCAUAUAAAUGCAUGCGACAGAAUAACCAUCCCCAAAAGUCGUGUAGGUUAGACAAAUGACGGAGAAGAGAGCAUCCAGAUGUUACUUAAAAACAAGAGUGACUCAUAAAGAGAACACAAUGAGUUCAUAUCCUUCCAGUGGGUUCUACUCUUGCUUGUCCCUUUGUUUAAGAUUGUAAUAUGUGCCAGCUGCUGAGAUCUGCCGUCAGUCUUUGUUCUCUUGGUUCAGGAAGAUGAAAUGAAUACCCUGCGCCACCCAGGCCUUUGAUGGGAGAUGUAUCAGUGAGGCAUUGCCAUUUCUACUGUUGUGUUACCAUCUUCCAAACAAAAGCACUUUGUUUCUUGGAAGUUAUUUAAGUUAUUAUAGACUUGUAUAUGCUCUUACAUUAUUUAACUGAUUUACUGCUUGAUUUUAACUUCCUAGUCUACUUGGCAAAUUAAGCAAAACAAGGAGAGAAAACAUUGUGAAAACAUCCUGACUUCUCCACGCAGAGUGAAGCUAUCAGAAUGUUUGGAUUGUUUUAUGAGAAAACUGCACUAAAGUUAUUUUCUCCACUUUAAAAACUAAAUGGAUAAAUUAUGGGAAACUUCCUCAUACUUCUUUUAAUGAUAGAACUUAGGUUUUUCAAAGAUAAAUCAAUUUUAAUACAGGUUUAAAUACAUGUUUGAAUUUCCAGAAACAAAGAGAAAUGAUACCAAACACUGUUGAAACACAGUUCUUAUUAACAGUUCAUAAAGAAGGUAAUGAAAGUUUUGUUGUUGUUUUUUUUUUUUUUUUUUUUGAGUAUUGUGAACAAAACACGGGGAAGGAAAUCAUGUGUAGGGAGGGGUGUAAGUUGAUGGUAGGUUGCAGGUUACAUGUUUAGCAUGCACAAGAUCCUGGGCUCUAACACAAGGAAAGGAAGAAAGGUAGGGAAGAGGAAAAUCCGGCCAGCAAGAAGGAAAGACAGACACGAAAGAAGGAAGAUCAGAGAGGAAGAAAAAGGAAGGGAGAUAUGGAGGGAUUGCACUCAUUAUCAGAAGAUAAAGAUGUGUUUAGGUAAGACAUGGUAAAUUUUGAUGUUCUAAGAGGCACCUCAAUGUAGUGAAAAACAACAGUUUAGAGAACAUAAAUGUCAUCCAAUUCUGUUUUAAAACUGUUGUUCCAAACUGUGCUACAAUAAUAUAUAGUGUUCCUAUAUGUAAAUGGUUUGCGUACCUAAAACGUUCACAUUUUAUUUUUCUUAUACAUGCAAAAAAUAGCAGUGUGUUUACACGCAAAACUAACACCAUCCUCUGUGUUUGCAAUUAAUCUAUUGUAUGAACAAAGUUAAAGUAACAUGACUUCCAAAGCACAGUGCCCUGGCACCGUGUAGCUUCACAUGGUUAGAUGGUGAUGUUUAAUUCUAUGCUCUUAUUUGUUCUAUUUAAUACCUCCUGUUUUUUUAAACCACAAUUACAUUUUAAAUACCCAUUUCUUUUCUUUUAAAGAUAUAGAAAUUACUAUUCAACCUAACCCUGCCAAAUGUAAAAUAAAUGUAUUUCUCAAAAACAUAAUUAAUACAUGUUGAAUAUGGGUGACUAGUAGGUUUUUUUGUGUACUUGGGCAAUUUGUUGAUUUAGCAUGUUUUUCAUUUGUGUUGUAUAUAAAAUUACCUAGAAAUGCACUUUUCCCCUUAAAGUGUAGGUUUGUGAAUAGACUUAGCAUGAUGAAGCUGUCACUACAGUGAAUGUUCACCAUGUGUAGAGAAAGCAAACUAGAUGUAGUUACCACAUGAAAAUUUAAUUAGAUGUCGAAGAAAUCAUUUGUCUGGCAAAAUAAAACAUUGAAUUCUCUGGAGGAUGUCUUUCACUUUUCUUUGUAGCAUAGUAUGUGUUAAUGUGAUAGAAAGUACUGAAUUGCUAUUAUCAUUUAAACAUUUAGUUAUCCGGUUUUGUAAAAAACAAACCAUUAAAUACUUCUGAAUUUACGAAUUCCAGAACAUAUCUAUAUCUAUCUCUAUAUCUAUCUAUCUAUCUAUCUAUCUAUCUAUCUAUCUAUCUAUCUAUAAUACUGGUAGCCUUCAUUUAAGUGCAAACUUGAAUCCAUCCACUUAACAUCCACCUUCUACAAAUAUAUUACCAUAUGCAAAUCAAUACAUUUAACCUCAGUAUUUUUACAUUUAUUCAUGCCUCUGUAAGUUAUUCAUAAUAUAUCAUGUCUACAAGAUAUAUUUUAAGCAGUUAUAGUUUAGAAAUAUAAAGGUUUAAAUCCACUCUACCUAUGUUCAAGUUCAAGCUCAUGAUUUUGUUUGGGGAAAGUCUUUAUAUUUUUCUCUACCUCCAUAUUCCCCAUAAGGCCCCUCAAUAUUCUGCAUAGGACAGAAUACAUCAUAUGUGCACAUGUUCAAAAAGCUAUGACAGUGCCCAGUUUUUCUAGACUAGGAAAGAGUCUUUCAUUUGUACUCUCUUUCAAGUCCAGUGUCAGUCAUCUAGGUAGAAAGUCUGCCGUCAAAGGAUGAGCUGGUACCAGGCCAAGCAGAUAGGCCUUUAUAAACACGAGAGGGAGAAUCCAUAGGUGGGCUCCUGUGACACAUGCUGAUGUAGGCGGGUCUUCUUUCUAUGUGUUGCUUUCAUUAGUUAAUUAAUAAAGAAACUGCCUGGCCUGAUAGUUCAGAACAUAGGUGGGCAGAGUAGACAGAACAGAAUGCUGGGAAGAAGGAAAGUGAGUUAGAUACCAUGGAGCCAGCCACCAGGUCAGACAUGCUGAAUCUUUCCCUGUAAGCCACGACCUUGUGGCACUACACAAAUUACUAAAUAUGGGUUAAAACAAGAUGUGAGAAUUAGCCAAUAAGAGGCUGAAACUAAUGGGUUAUGCAGUGUUUAAAAGAAUACAGUGUCCGUGUAAUUAUUUUGGGUAAAGUUAGCCAGUGGCCGGGAGCUGGGUGGCAGGAAGCUGCCUGCAGCUCCUUCCACAACAUGUGAGUGACAGGACCCCCUGCAGCUUUGUCCUGUCUGCUCCUGGGGAAUCUAUUCGCAUCAAUGUGAGUCCUAAGAAACAGAGACUUGUUGCAACAGUUCAUUCAGCAGGAUAAUUUUGCUUUUUACCUUGACGGCCUCAUUACUUCUUGGGACCUUUCUCACAUUUAAAUGAUAGGUUGUGUUUUUUUUUU